GGUAAUAAGUAAGUUCCGCGACGUGAGACAAAGAGAAGUAAUUUACGCACAUUAUUAAUGUUAAGGGGUUGGAUCGAGAUUAGUUAAAGUAAACAAGAAAUCUAAUAUUUUUCAAGUUACUUCAAUGGUAAUAAUACUCUCAACACGAGGCUAUUGUGGCAACAUACUUGGUAUGCAACACAAUACCCUGAUGAAGUUCCCUGCCUUAUUUGUGUCUGUGGUGCCACAUGUACGCACAAGAAUUUUCUGUCAGAGCAUUCCUGAGUUGGCUUUUUGUCAAACACUUCGGACUAAGCUCCAUGUUGAUCCAGCACUAAGUCAGUCUUCUCGUAACUGCGACGAACUGCACAUAUCUCUGCAUGAUGGAACAAACAAGCGUUGUAUUCAUCAUUCUUGUGUUCUUAUGUGGUGUCAGAGACGCACUUGCUGAUACCAAUUUGACCGACUUGACUGGACAAGUGAGAGUCCCGACCGCAACUAUCCAAGCAUGGAAAGGAAGAGUUGUUAAUAUUAAGACUGAUAUGAAACAGCACUUUAAGAGGUGGGAGUCAUCACUGAAAAAUCAACUGACUGACACGUUCAUUCCUGCCCUGAUAAAGCCUCUAGUGGAGCAAGCGAUUACUGGCAUCCUGAAAGAGUAUAACAUUAGGAAUAUUAUGAGUGGACGUGUUCAUGAUUUAGUUAACAGACUGAAAGUCAGUGUUCAUUACACAAAGACACAACUUCGGGCAGUAACACAACAGCUCAGACGUGUAGAAAGGGAAAGAGACAGUUACAAAGAAAGUAUUUUUAAGCUUCGUAGCGAGGUGAACACAGACAUCCACAGUUUACAGCUGCAGCUGAAUGAGACGAAAGCUGGUCUUCGCGAUGCAAAGAUUGUGAACACCGUUCUUAAGGAAGAUUUAAUUACACUAAAUACAAGCUGUGUGAAGAGAGAAGAGAUAGAAGCGCGCUCCAAUGAUGAACAGUCAUACAGGGCGGGCUUGCAGGAAAUGCAGCAAAAGUUAAAAACUGACAUUCAGAGUUUAAACAUUCAACUAAAUCAGACCAUUGAUGACCUACAUGAUUCAAAUCAAGUAAUCACUGGUCUUACAGAGGACAUGGUGACACUGAAUACAAGCUGUGUGGUGAGAGAAGAUAUUAAAGAGGUCAAUGUUACUGACAGGUCGCUGACUACAUCGUCGUUGUCGCAGGUGUCAUUCACAGCAUCGCCCCCUUCGUUUCCGGGUGCUGCAGGAGCCUCGAGCGACCCGAGUCACGGAGAAAGGGCUGCACAGAUGACGACAGUGACGACCCAUGCCUCGAGCGACCAGAGUCGGACCACGAGGACACCAGUGACGACCACAAAAAAGCCUGCUACACAGGCGACUCCAUCACCAGCAGACUGCGAGGACCUCCAUAAUGCCAGCGGGGACGGGGACCUGGAGGAGGUGAAGCGGGUCCUGUCGCGGGGCGUCGACGUCAAUUGUAGGGUAGGGGGAAGCAGGACACCGGUGGAGUUUGUGCUGUCUCUGAACGUGGUGGACAUCGACAGUAGAGGAGGAGGGAGCUGGACACCGGUGAUGAGGGCAGCAUACAGGGGACACAGAGACGUGGUGGAGCUCCUGGUGAAUAAAGGGGCCGAUGUGUCACUGGUGGACAAGGACGGUGACAACAUCCUUCACCUCGCCUGUAUUAGAGGACACUUGGAGAUAGUGAAGUUUGUGCUGUCUCUGAACGUGGUGGACAUCAACAGUAGAGGAGGAGGGAGCUGGACACCGGUGAUGAGGGCAACAAACAGGGGACACAGAUACGUGGUGGAGCUCCUGGUGAGUAAAGGGGCCGAUGUGUCACUGGUGGACGGGGACGGUAACAACAUCCUUCACCUCGCCUGUAGUCAGGGACACUUGGAGACGGUGGAGUUUGUGCUGUCUCUGAACGUGGUGGACAUCAACAGUAGAGGAGGGUGGAGCCUGACACCGGUGAUGAGGGCAGCACGGAAUGGACACACAGACGUGGUGGAGCUCCUGGUGAGUAAAGGGGCCGAUGUGUCACUGGUGGACGAGGACGGUUACAACAUCCUUCACCUCGCCUGUAUUGAGGGACACUUGGAGACGGUGGAGUUUGUGCUGUCUCUGAACGUGGUGGACAUCGACGCCAGAAACAACGACGGGGAGACGGCGGCCGACAUGGCGAGAUCCUGGGGACAUACGCGAGUGGCGAAUCUCCUCGUGUCCCGCGGCGCUCAGUGACGUCAGUGUUGUGUUUGUGUAGACGGUGGGGGUGAUGUGACAUUGACGUGGUGUGCCGUUCACAUCGUCGUGUGUAGAUAUGUCUUUAUUUGCGUGAAACUGUUUGUUGUUUUUGGAAAUGAAUAAAACUUGUAAAACGUU